UAGUAUUUACUAGUUACAGUUCAAGACGUACAAUUUUUUAACCAACAAAAUGUGCUUUAUUUCAUAUAUUAUCGUUUUAAAUGUUUCUAUCAUUUUAAUGAUGAUGAUUGCUUUUUCUAAUAUAACGUUUGUGAUUCAAAUACAAUCUUUACGAUUAUAUCAACUUACAAAAAUAUAUGAUACAGAUUACGAUGCAUAUUUUAGAAGAAAAAUAACAAAAGACAAGGAAAAAAAAUUGAGUGUUACACAAUUUUAUGCGGCAAAAUACAAUUUAACAUUCAUUAGAUAUAAUGUACCUGAGUCAGCUAACAAAUAUCGCCAAAAAUCCUCAAAACAGAUUGAUAAUUGUGGUAUUUAUUUUGAAAAAGGAGAUACUUAUUGUCUCAAUGAGUACCAAACUACGAACUAUGCAGUUCAACAAUAUUAUUUUAGGAAAUUUCAAAUUGCGAUGGCAACAUUAGUUAAGGGAGCAAUACACACGACAAUAGCUAAGAAAAUGCCCAUAAAUUCGGAAACUACAACGAUUGAAACUAAGAAAAUGCCCAAAAAUUCGGAAACUACAAAGAUUAAAAAUACUCCCGAGAACAUUUUUGUGCUUAUAAAUGAAGUUUUAAAUUCCAAGGAUGAAAAUGGGACUUCUAUUGGAUGUAUAACGAAGAUAAAAUUUCAUAUCGAUUACUUCAAGAAAAAGGAAAUCAAAAAGAAAAAUAUUGAGAAAAUAGAUAAAAUAUUGCUAAAACUAGGAGAAGGACCGGAAAAAACAGAAAAUCAAUAUUAUGUGCGACAAUUUUAUAGAUGUUUUCAAAAGUUUAAAAACGAUGUGUUUAAUAUUAAAUUUGAUAAUGUAAAACUCGAAAUAAAGACUACUCAAAUUGAGAUAAAUGCUGAUAAAAAAUUGACAUUAGCAGAAAAAAGCGAAAUACUACAAACAAAGGACAUUGAAUUUUUGAUGAACAAUUUAAUUUAUUUUGAAAUCGGGGACACCGAUAUAGAAUCUGUUCCGAGAAAAUUCAUAAACUUCUUCCAAAGCUACAUCGGUUUUACUGAAGAAUUUAAAAAUGAUGGAGCAACAAAAUGCCAGAAGGAACUUUUCCCCCAUAAAAAACGGUUGAAUAAUUGGAUGUGUAAAUUUACAAAACUGAAUUCAUUACCCACAGCUUACCAAUACAUUUACCCACAUUCAGAGGAGACUCUAGAUUCUUAUAAACUAAAAUUACAGGCCAUAAUAAAAAGUAUAAAAAACCUUGACAAACACUCUAGAGACAAUGUUACGAAGGAAAAUAUAUACACAAUUUUAGAAAAUACUUAUAACAACGUGAACGAAAAAUAUUUGAAAAUGAUGAAAAAAUGUCGGGCUCUUAGAGAAGAAACUAUGUAUGAAAGAUACGUAAUGAGACUAAUAUUUAACGACUGCAGGCCAUUAGCCUUAAACGAGUGGAAAGAAGAACUAGAAGCUGCAAAAAAAAAUAAUGCUGUCGCAGCUCAAGAAGAGGUAAUACACUGGGGGAAGUAAACACCAUCUUUGUUGAUAAUAAGGAAAAUUAUCAAUGGUAUUUUUUUUAUAAUUGAAUAAAUUAAAAAUUUGAUUUUGUUAUUACAAUCAUUUAACAUAUUUGUCAUAUAACAAUUGCGCUUGUAAUAAAAUUUAAUAAAUCUAAUAAAACAUGAAAUAUUUUCGAAAGCUGUUUCCAAAAUAAUUCGUAAUUAUAUUUUUAACUUAAUUAAUAUCAAAAUUACUUCCACGUUUAAAUAUUUAAGAAAAAAAACUCUAUGUAUAAAUACAAAACAUUUGAGACAAUGAGAAAUGUUAAUUAUCUAUAACCUCACACUCCCCAAUACAAUAAUUGCUAUACAUUACAUUUUAGCCCUAAAUAAAAAAAAGUUUUAAAUUUAAAGUAUGAAAUAAUAUAUAUCAUAUUUAAUAUAUUUAUGUGGGUAUUUGUAUUUAAAAUUUUAAAAUUACAAUAUAAAUACACAUUAUUAGUAGUUUGUUGUGUUUAUUGUCCUUUCUUUAUUUGUCGUUUGUUUAUUGUGUAAAACUGUAAUAACUGAUAAGUAUAAGAAAAAUAAAAGUAUUAUAUUGACAUGUUAUAUAUU